AUGGACGUGGAUAUUGAAGAUAUUUUAGCUGAAUUGAAUACAGAUUCUACAGCUGUAGAUUAUUCAGGUAAUAAUAAUCCAUUAAGUGAUAUUGCAAAUACUAAUGUCUCAACCCUUUAUAAUUCAUCUUAUCCCGAUGAUAAAAAUAUUCCUACAAAUAAAAAUCCUCCAGGGGUACGAUCUAAUACUAAAAUUUCUGCAGAACAAGAUUAUUCAAGUUUAAUGACUUUAUGGAGAAAUGAAAGAUGUUCACCUGAAUUAUUACCUUAUCCACAUCAUUUAAUGUCAAGAAUGUUAAUGAGAAUUCAAGAUCAAUUAGAAAGAUUAGAAAUUAUUUCGAUGGAUUUCAUGGGUCAAAAUUCUAACACGAUUGAUAAUUCAAAUAAGCCAAUUAAUAAUAAUAAUAUGUUACCAUUGUUAUGUAUGGAAGCAGAAUUAGAAAGAAUUAAAUUUAUUAUUAGAAGUUAUAUUCGUUGUAGAUUGUCAAAAAUCGAUAAAUUUAGCCUUUACUUAAGACAAAUCGAACAAGAUUCAAAUUUAAAAUCCUUAGAUGAUUUAUUAUCAAAGGAUGAAAUGAUUUAUUAUCAACGACAUUCUGAAAUGAUUUUAAAAUUAUUUAAUGAUACUACUCUAAAACAUUUACCUCCUGAAUUACAAGCAAUUAAUGAUACUACAGGAACAAUUUCAAUGAUUGAUGAACCUGAUUGGAAUAAAUUUGUUUUCAUUAAAGUUAUUGGACCAAAUGAUAAAAUGUUAAAUAGUGAUCCAUUAUUAAAAAAGGAUUCAAAUAAUAAAUUUUUUUAUGAAGUAAUUAUACCAGAAUUAGAAGAAGAUGUCGAAUUAUUCAUUGAUAGUAUUUACGUUAUGAGGUAUAACGUAAUUAAAAAUUUAUUAUUAGAUGGCAAAGUUAUUCUGAUAUGA